AUGACAGGCAUACUCCCCAGCGACGAAAAAGCAGACAACGCCGCAGCAACACCCAACCAGACCGACACUGCGCACGAGACUCACCCACUUGCCAAGCAAAGCCUAGCAAGAAAGGAGCUGGAUGAGGAUACCGAGGUCGAUAUGGAUGAGAAUGUGGAUGUGAUAGAAAUCGGCAAAGGGCAGGAAAAUCCAGAUGUCGUCGACGAUGACAUUGAUAUGGCCCAGGAUAAAAAGGACGACAAUGCAGAAACGACCCCAGAAGCCGGUGCUCCACCUGCUCCCGACUUCACGACUGAACCCCCCGAGGUCGCUCAGUGGGAUGUCCUUCGAGAACCAGUUCCACAAAUCAUCGUCUCCAGUAUCCCCAUCGAGGUCUGGGCAAUGAUCCUCAGUCAUGUCCCCCCCUGUCGACUUGCACGAAUGUUCACCAUCUCCAAGAACUGGAAAUCAAUGAUCGAACAACUCCCGCUCUGGAAAGAAAUCGUCAUCAACUGCAAUCUUGUCGAUAUUUCGCGGCCCGUGCCCAGCUAUAUGAAGCUCGUCCUCGGAUGUAUGGUCGUGAUCUGCGAUCUGUGCCUCCAAAGAAGUUCCCAGCUCGGCGUUGAUCUCCCCCUGCCGCUCCGAAGACCCGAUCUGUUGGCUCUCAUUUGGAUGUGCAAGAAGUGUCGCCGAUGGUACGGGGCUAUGCACCCAGAAGUGAUGUCCGAUCCCACAAGAGCGCACAUGGAUUCUGAUGUCUACGAGCAAGGGCCCUAUGAAAAGAUCCAGCCGAGACGUUCUUACAGACGAUAUGAUCGCUUUGACGACUACUACAGCGAAACCGAUUCCGACGACUCUGUAUACUGCUACGAGCUCGUGGUGACCAUGCGGGAGAUGGCUUGGUUCUUUGAGCACACCGAGUACCCCGUGUACAAUCAGCAGGGCUCCGAGACCGCCAAGGCCAAGGCGCUCACGGACUGGACGUGCUCGUUGUUGGAGAAGUAUGGCGAUCAAACCGCGGAGGCGUACAAGACCGUGGAGAACGCGCCGCCAGAGUCACUGUGGCCGAUGAUCGAAUUUGCGUUGGCCGAGAAUGUCAAGUUUGAGGAGAAAAAGGGGGUGAUGCUAAAGGAGGUAGAGGAACGAAGGGUGCGUGAGAAGGAGGAGGAGGAGCUGUGGAAGAAAGAGCGUGAACAGCGACGAAAGGAACGAGAGCAACGAGCACUGGAGCGAAAGCAGAGAGAAAAGGAGCGGGAGAAGCAGAAAAAAGAGCGCGAAGCGGCGAAGAAGACAAGCACUACAAUCAAGAAGGACGCUGAACCGGUUGGGAAUGUCGAUGGAGGUGAGGGUGAGGAGGCCGGACGCAGAUCAGGGACUGAGAAGGAACAGGUGGAUGAGGCGAGACAGAGCAUCGACGCCGACGAUGAUGGUGCGGAGGAGGAUUACCUGGAUGAAGUAUCAGAUCUUGACGAGGAGUAUUGGGGCGACGAAUGGACUGGCGAGUCGGAUGAGGCCUCCUAUGAAGAAGACUACGAUGAGAUCAGCCUGGAGGCGCGCAUGGCUCGAACAUGGAUGCAGGGCGCGCUCAUGCGAACAACGACCCUACAAUCAACUCCUCAGCUUGUCUCCGAAUUCAAGGCCGAGUCCCCCGAAGUCUACUAUGAUAUGCACGCAGAUAUGCCUAUGGCGAAUGAGAUUACGCUCUGGGUCCACAGAUUGGCGGGGCGGUAUGCCAAAGAUGCAGUGAAGAUGUAUAAGUCUUUGGAGGGGGGCUCCACCAGAGUCGCUGUGGCCCGUGUUUAA